AUGGCUCCUUCUGCAACAGAAGCCCAAUCAGCACCAGAGCUCAACCCUAUCGAAGUCAACGACAAAGCAGGUGUCAAACUCCAAGAAAAGUGGGUGAAAAGCACCGGGGUUUUGGACCAGUUUGAGUCUUUCGAUGUCACUCCUGUCAUUGGUCGCGAGUUUCCAAAUGUCAACUUGGUAGAAUGGUUACAAGCUUCCAAUGCCAAUGAACUCUUGCGCGAGCUUGCUCUUACCAUAUCUCAGCGUGGUGUGGUAUUCUUCCGUGCACAAGAUGAUCUCACUCCCGAAUUACAAAAGGACCUUGUCCAGCGCAUUGGUCUACUUUCAGGAAAACCACCCACUUCAGGGCUUCACAUCCAUCCACUGCUCAAUCCAGAGAGGGAGGGGUAUCGCGUGACGGAUCCGGAAAUUAGUACCAUUGACUCGGAGCUCAACAAGAAACUCUACAGCAAUACGAGAUUCGAUCGAGCCAACGACCUACAAAAUACAUCUAAAUGGCAUUCAGAUAUUGCCUUUGAACCUAAGCCAGCUGACUAUUCUAGCUUGAAGCUAGAGAUACUGCCAAAGACAGGAGGUGACACACUGUGGGCAAGUGGGUACGAGAUUUACGACCGUAUCUCGGAACCGUACCAGAGGUUCCUCGAAACUUUAACAGUAACCUUCCAACAGCCUGGCUUUAUCGAAGCUGCUAAGAAUGGUGGGUUCGAGCUAUAUGAUAAGCCUAGAGGAGCACCAGAAAAUGUGGGAAGGGAGUUAAAAGCCGUGCAUCCAGUAGUGAGGACUAACCCAGUCUCUGGAUGGAAGUCGCUUUUCCCAGUCGGAGGUCAUGUCAGCCACAUUAAUGAUAUUACUUCAUUGGAAGGUAAAGCAUUGUUGGAAUGGUUCAAGCGAUUGUUGCUAGACAAUCAUGAUUUGCAGGUGCGGUUCAAAUGGAAGAACCAGAAUGACCUUGCUAUCUGGGAUAAUCGCUCGACUUUUCAUACAGCCACAGAUGAUCUCGAUGGACAGGGUGAAAGAUAUGGUGUCAGAGCCGUGAGCGUUGGAGAAAAGCCGUUCUUAGAUCAUGAGAGCAAGUCCAGACGAGAAGCUCUAGGUAUUUAA